UCGAGCGAGACUUGAAGGGCUGAGGAGGGUUACAAAGUUAGAAGUAUAAGUGUGGUUAUGUUCUACAUUAGUGUGUUAUUUAGUCCUAAACACAUGUUAAUGAUGCAAUGGAUUAUUAUGUUGUUUAAAGAAGAUUAAUACUCAAGAUAUAGUUUAGCAUCCAACAUUUCAUUAUGGGUACUACGGGAGAACGUGUGCAAAUUAAUCUUGGAAAUAAUCCAAUCAAAAAGAAUAAACAAGGACCUGUAAAGAAUUUGGAGGAUAAAUGGAAACUAGUCCCAGCUUUUUUGAGUGUUAAAGGACUUGUGAAACAGCAUAUCGACUCAUUCAAUCAUUUCGUUAACAUCGAAAUAAAAAAUAUUGUCAAAGCCAACGAAAAGGUCCUCAGUGAUGCUGAUCCUUUGUUUUAUGUCAAGUACCUGAAUAUCUAUGUGGGCUUGCCUGAUGUGGAGGAAGGAUUCAACAUAACAAGAUCUACCACACCUAAUGAGUGUCGACUGAGAGACCUGACGUACUCAGCUCCCAUCACGGUUGACAUUGAGUAUACGAGAGGAAGCACUAGAGUGGCCAGGAGUAAUCUGCUCAUUGGCAGAAUGCCGAUAAUGCUGCGGAGCUCCAACUGUGUCUUGUUCAAUAAGUCAGAAUAUGAACUCUCGAAACUGAACGAAUGCCCACAUGAUCCUGGUGGCUAUUUUAUCGUCAGAGGAACGGAAAAGGUGAUCCUGAUUCAAGAACAGCUGUCCAGGAACAGGAUGAUAGUAGAGGAAGACCGCAAGGGUGGUAUCCAGUGUCAGGUGACAAGUAGCACCUACGAUAAGAAGUCUCGCACUAACAUCAUCAUGAAACGAGGCAAAUACUAUAUGAAACAUAAUCUUCUACAAGAUGAUAUUCCGAUUGUAGUGGUGUUCAAAGCGAUGGGCUAUCAGUCAGACCAACAGAUUGUACAAAUGAUAGGCACUGAGCCGGAGAUUCUCAAAAAGCUAGGACCAUCGCUAGAGGAAUGCUACACUGUUGAUGUGUUCACUCAAACACAGGCUCUCAACUACAUUGGCAGGAAAGCCAAACAGAAAAGGUUUUUCGGUCCGAGUGGUAAACCAAAGCCUCCUGUGGAUGAAGCAAGAGAUAUGUUGGCUACGGUUAUACUUGCCCAUGUUCCGGUUGAAAACUUCAACUUCAAGCUGAAGGCUGUGUACACGGCUCUGAUGUUGCGUCGAGUGAUGCAGGCUCAGGACGAUCCAGAAGCAUUAGAUGACCGCGACUACUACGGUAACAAGCGGCUGGAGUUGGCUGGGUCACUACUGUCACUCAUGUUUGAAGAUUGUUUCAAGCGGUUCAACAGUGAGUUGAAGGCGAUUGCAGACAAGAACAUACCCAAGAUCAAAGCAGCUCAGUUUGACAUUGUGAAACAUAUGAGGCAGGAUCUGAUCACUAACGCACUAGUCUUUGCUAUCUCAACUGGCAACUGGACAAUCAAAAGGUUUAAGAUGGAGCGACAGGGAGUAACCCAAGUGUUAUCUCGUCUGUCAUACAUUUCAGCCCUUGGAAUGAUGACACGAGUGAACUCCCAGUUCGAGAAGACUCGCAAAGUGUCCGGACCCCGAUCCCUGCAGCCAUCCCAGUGGGGCAUGUUGUGUCCCUCUGACACACCUGAGGGAGAGGCCUGCGGUCUAGUGAAGAACCUGGCUCUGAUGACUCACAUCACUACAGAGCUGGAUGAGGGGCCAAUAGCACAAGUGCUGUACAACAUCGGAGUGGAACACAUCAGUCUGCUGGCAGGAGAAGAGAUGUAUGCUCCUGGAGUAUACAUGGUCAUACUCAAUGGUAAUAUUUUGGGAGUGACCGGUAACUACCGCCACGUGGUGAGGGUUUUCCGACUGUUGCGGAGGUGUGGUCGUGUUUGUGGCUUUGUCUCCAUUUAUCCUCAACAUAAACACAGAUGUGUUUAUAUUUCCUGUGAUGGAGGAAGGCUUUGCAGACCAUACAUAAUUGUGGAAAAAGGAGAAUCACUAGUGAAACAAUUCCAUCUUGACGAGUUGAACCAAGGCAUCCGAAAGUUUCAUGACUUUCUCAUAGAUGGGCUCAUCGAGUACUUGGAUGUAAACGAGGAGAAUGAUUCGAUGAUAGCGUUGGAUGAGGAGAGCAUAAUACCUGAGCAGACAACGCACCUAGAGAUAGCCGCGUUUACACUAUUAGGAGUGUGUGCUGGCCUUGUCCCGUACCCCCAUCACAAUCAGAGCCCUCGUAACACAUACCAGUGUGCUAUGGGAAAACAGGCGAUGGGCACCAUUGGCUACAAUCAACGCAACCGGAUAGACACACUCAUGUACAAUCUGGUGUACCCUCAAGCUCCAAUGGUCAAAUCAAGGACUAUUGAACUAAUAAAUUUUGACAAGCUACCUGCAGGACAGAAUGCCACAAUCGCAGUCAUGAGCUACUCGGGAUACGAUAUCGAGGAUGCUCUGAUACUGAACAAAGCUUCUCUUGAUCGAGGAUAUGGCCGCUGCCUGGUGUACCGCAAUGCCAAGUGCACACUGAAGCAGUACGCUAACCAGACCUACGACAGGAUACUGGGGCCCGUGGUGGAUGCUGAUUCCAAGAAACCCAUCUACAAGUGUGAGCCACUGGACACUGACGGCAUCGCCAGUCCUGGAGAGAUGGUCAAGGAGAGGCAGGUGCUGGUGAACAAGUCAAUGCCUGUGGUAAGCACCACCUCUCAAGGGUCCAUCAGCAGUCCCCAGCCAACCCCAGAGUUCAAGGAGGUUCCCAUCAUGUACAAGGGCUCUGUGCCCAGCUACGUGGAGAAAGUGAUGGUGUCCUCCAACAAUGAGGAUGCUUUCCUCAUUAAGCUACUGCUGAGACAGACUCGGCGACCCGAGAUUGGAGACAAGUUCAGCAGCAGGCAUGGACAAAAAGGGGUCACAGGUCUGAUAGUGGAUCAAGAAGACCUGCCAUUCAAUGACUACGGCAUCUGUCCUGAUAUGAUCAUGAAUCCUCAUGGUUUCCCAUCUCGAAUGACUGUGGGAAAACUGAUUGAACUUCUGGCUGGAAAAGCUGGCCUUAUGGAGGGAAAAUUUCAUUAUGGAACAGCUUUUGGAGGGUCAAAGGUGUCCGAUGUCUGUGAGGAGCUGGCAAAGCAUGGCUUUAACUAUCAGGGCAAGGACAUCUUCUACUCUGGCAUCACUGGAGAACCACUGCAGGCUUACAUAUAUUCUGGCCCAGUGUACUACCAGAAGCUGAAGCACAUGGUGCAAGAUAAGAUGCAUGCCAGAUCCCGAGGACCCAGAGCCGUGUUGACCAGACAGCCCACCGAGGGCAGGAGCAGAGAGGGUGGUUUGCGACUCGGCGAGAUGGAGCGUGAUUGCCUCAUUAGCUACGGAGCUAGUAUGCUGCUUAUUGAGAGACUGAUGAUAUCAAGUGAUGCGUUUGACGUGGAUGUCUGUAAUCAAUGCGGCCGCCUGGGUUAUUCUGGCUGGUGUCAUGGCUGCCACAGCAGUGCCUCUGUGUCCACCAUCAGGAUACCUUACGCCUGCAAGCUGUUGUUCCAGGAGCUGCAGUCUAUGAACAUCGUUCCUCGCCUUUCUCUCAAGAACUACUGUGAUUAAUUAGCUGUACGUGUACAUUUUUUCUUUUGUAUAAAUUAUUUUGUUAUGAGUUGAA